AGGCGCUGAAUCCAACUGCAGAAUCUCCGACUCUGAAUUUCGACCGUUACUUGUCGUUUAAAAAAUUCACGUCCCUGUAGAUCCAUGGCGGGCUUCUCUUCUGUCUGAAGAAACGAGUCUGGGCUUAAAAGUAAUGGCUUCUGCACCUGCACAAAUUCCUACAAGCUUUGGGCAUGAGUUGAGGGCUUGUCUUCGUUGUCGCCUUGUCAAAACCUAUGAUCAGGUCUUAUUUCCCUUUCACAUUUUCAUUUACUUUUUUUUUAUUCUUAUUUGUUUACAUUUUUUUACACAGUUCAGAGAGUCAGGCUGUGAAAACUGCCCAUUCUUUAAAAUGGAAGAAGAUCAUGAGCGUGUUGUUGAUUGCACUACCCCCAAUUUUAAUGGGGUCAUUUCAGUUAUGGAUCCUACUCGGAGUUGGGCUGCCCGUUGGCUGCGCAUUGGAAAGUAUGUUCCUGGUGUUUAUACUCUUGCUGUCUCAGAGGCUCUUCCAGAAGAGAUGCAGGCUAUAUGUGAAGACGAGCGUGUGCAAUAUAUCCCUCCCAAGCGUUUGUGAAACUCGUAAAUAUUGGCUGGCACCCUUUAGCUUAAUCGGAUUGUUUGUAUUAAUGUAGGUUAUAAUGUUUAUAUUGUUCUGGUGCAUUCUCUUAAGUGAUCUGUCAGAAUCAACAUCGCUCCAUGACGCGUUUUUCUUCUUUUGGGGAGCUCAAUUAAUAUAAAAAUUUAUCU